GGUUUCUGGGUGACUUCUCUUAUGCCUGCCCGCAGACAGAAUUGAAAAGGAAAAUGACCAAAAACAUCCUUUUAAGCAGGUCAUGGCUUUCAAAGUCGUGCUGCUGAGACUCAAAAGAUGGAAAUGACUCUACAGAGAACCCAUCCCAGAUUGAUCCCUCAGCCGGAACCUUCCUAGGACCUGCGCUUGUGGAGAGAACGACUAUUCAUCUCUUCAAAAGGCUUAUCCCGUGACCGGGAAAAUAAAAAUGACGACUUCAUCUAUUAGGCGGCAGAUGAAAAAUAUUGUAAACAACUACUCGGAGGCAGAAAUAAAAGUCCGAGAAGCAACAUCCAAUGACCCCUGGGGUCCUUCCAGCUCUCUGAUGACCGAGAUAGCCGAUCUGACGUACAAUGUGGUGGCCUUUUCGGAGAUCAUGAGCAUGAUCUGGAAACGGCUGAACGACCACGGCAAGAACUGGCGGCACGUUUACAAGGCCCUGACCCUUUUAGAUUACCUGAUCAAAACCGGUUCGGAGCGCGUGGCGCAGCAGUGUAAAGAAAACAUAUUCGCCAUCCAGACCCUGAAAGACUUCCAGUACAUCGACCGAGACGGCAAAGACCAGGGGAUCAACGUCAGGGAGAAGUCUAAGCAGCUGGUAUCCCUUCUGAAAGACGACGAGCGACUCAAAGUCGAGCGGUCCCAGGCCCUGAAGACCAAAGAGCGCAUGGCUCAGGUGGCCACGGGGGUUGGCAGUAACCAGAUUAGUUUUGGCAGAGGCUCUAGCCAGCCCAACCUCUCAACCAGUUACUCUGAGCAAGAGUAUGGGAAGUCCGGCGGGUCCCCGGCAUCUUACCACGGCUCUACGUCCCCACAGGUUUCCUCAGAGCUAGAGCAGGCCCGGCCACAGACCAGCGGAGAAGAGGAGCUCCAGCUCCAGCUCGCAUUAGCAAUGAGCAGAGAAGUUGCCGAGCAGGAGGAACGUCUCAGGCGUGGAGAUGACCUCAGAUUACAGAUGGCCCUGGAAGAAAGUCGAAGAGACACAGUUAAAGUUCCAAAGAAAAAAGAGCAUGGUUCCCGCCCGCAGCACACAACCCUGUUGGAUCUGAUGGACGCCCUGCCCAAUUCAGCUCCCGCUCCCCAGAAAGCAGAACCUUGGGCAUCCUCCAGUGCGGCUAAACAGACUGACCCUUGGGGAGGAGGCCCGGCGGCAGCUACCAUUUCUGACCCGUGGCAGUCAUUUGGUACCAAGCCAGCUGCCCCUGAUCCUUGGGGAGGAGCUACUGGAUCCAGAGCCCAGCCUCUCCCAAAGAACUCAGAUCCUUGGGCCCCUCCUCAGCCUGCCACGGGAGCGGUCAAAGUUGCGGCCGACCCCUGGGGACCGGCAGCUGCCAACACGCCCGUUUCCACCUCUGGAUCUUUUGACCUCUUCAAUAAUUUGAAUGGUACAGUGAAAGAUGACUUUUCUGAAUUUGACAACCUCCGAACUUCUAAAAGGACAGCUGACUCCGCUUCCUCUUUGCCAUCACAAAACAAUGGUACAACAAGUCCAGAUGUCUUCGACUCGCAACCUGGGAGUGCGGCCUCAAACAAACAAAGCGGGGCUCGGAAAACCCCGGAGUCCUUUUUGGGCCCCAAUGCAGCCUUGGUGAAUCUGGAUUCUCUGGUAACUAAACCACCACAACCUGUUCCUUCACUGAAUCCGUUCUUAGCUCCAGGCUCGUCGGCCGCACCGACUCCGGUUAACCCCUUCCAAGUGAAUCAGCCUCAGCCACUUACCUUAAAUCAGAUGAGAGCAAGUCCCGUCAUGGGAACGAGUCCUUCUUUCAGUUCCGGGUCAGCAGCGAACAUGGAGCCGGUGCCUCUUCCCUCCAUGGCCCCGAUGGCGGCAAUGGGCAGCGUGACUCGAGUGGGCCAGGCCAUGAACAUUGCAGGUCCAAUGUCUCAGCCGCUUCACAAUCCGGGAAUCCUGCCGCCUGCCUCUCAGUCCGCCAGUACAACCAAUCCUUUCCUCUUAUAAUGACCCAGACAGGUUUUUGGUUUGGGGGUUGUUUUUUUUUUUGGUUUGUUUGGUUUUAUUCUUUCGGAACUGCUCUGAAGUCGUCUCUGAAGCAGAGUGAACGAAAACCCCAUUUGGACCUAGUGAUGCGUAAGAGACUCGGAAAUAGAUUUUGCGGUUUACAGGUAACGAUCUUCAGGAGGGUGUUGUCUUUACUUUCCGGUUUAUCCAACCAGUCCUUGCUGCAGAUGGUACCGUCCUUUGCCUCUUCGAACGUGGCCAGAGACAUCCGGGCGUCACCAAAGUAAAAUCUGCCCAUUUUGAGAUUUCAGUACCGUUGAGGGAGAACCUGCCAUGCCAACUCCCUGAUGGCUAUUUUCAAGGUCUCGGGUGCGUGCCGGAUUCCAAAAUUCUUCCCUGCAUUAAGUUGUUUCUCCCACUGUUUGAGAUGCGAGACUGAGUGCUAGUGACCAUUUUUUUUUUUGCACAUAGCUCUACACAGUUCUAGAUCGUUGGUUCCUCCAUAGUCUUUAUUCUUCGGAGAAUGGUUUGGACGUUCAGAAGACCAGACUCAUACGUUCAAAGCAUUGCAAAACAAAAAUCACGUGGCUUGCUAAAUCAUAGUUUUGGAUGCAGAAAGCAAGUUUGCCUCAAAAAAAAAAAAAGAAAAAGAAAAAAAGGAAAUAAAAUUAGCGUUCCUAAGUGGUCAAGCGUAAGAUGUGAUAUUGUAUGCAGUGUUGAUCUUGUACACUACUAUAUAGGAACUGUUAAUGACUUUUCUGUGAGUGGGCAUGCUACACUCGUGUUAAAUGAGUCUUUUGCUCUGUUCUUGUCCGGUAGUGACUUCGUUUGGGAGUUAUUGUGUGUAUUUAAUUUUUAUUUGACUUACCAUGUGAGUUGAAAGUGAAAAAAAGAAAAAAAAAAUUUACCAUGGGACAACUCCGAAUUAAAGAACUAGGGCGAGCUUUAAAACUAAUUCAGGCUUAACCUUGCUAUAUGCAGUUAUUCUUGUAUACUUUUGCACAUAUGUUGUUUUUAGUACAGUUUCAUAUUUGAGUUGGCAGAAUUACCUAAUAGUCAUUUUUGCUAAUAUUUUUAUAAUGUGGUUCUUAUUUAACUGUCUAGUUUUGAUAGACUUUUAUCAGGUCUGGCUGAAAUUAAGAUAUUGGUAAGUGUCAUUUUUAUGGUUUAAUGCUCUCUUAUUUAUGGUUAUAGCUCUUGGUUUCUGUGAGAGAAUUUAAAAGGGAAGAUAAACACUAAAAAACACUUUGGGUGAUAGAAUUCAUAAUAAAAACUCAAGCAAAUUCUUGUGACUUUAUAUAAAACUGGGAAUUUGAUCACGUGCAAGAUAACAUUUAUUUUAAAAAAAUAUAUAAAAUACUCAUAAAAAAACACAGCCUCAAGUUGCCUUUUCCUUUCUUUAGUCCCUCUUUUGGUAGAUUACCAAAUUGGACCGACUUUUAGCCUUUGUAGGUAGAACGAGAGGCUAUUUUUCCUGUUGUAUUAUUAGCGUCUUAAAAUUUUUUAAAUUCUAAUAUAUGAAUGUGACUCACAGUUUUGUCAACUAAUUCCUUUUUUAAAAUUCAAGGCAUGCUCCAGGUUAAUAGUUACAUAGCUCUGUUUACAAUUUGAAUUGUAAAUUGAACAAUGCAUUUUUAACCUGAAUGUCUUUGAUUUCACCAAUUUUAAUCCAUGCUCAGGUUAAAAAUGAAAUAAUAUUGUUGAGUCAUAUGUAUGUCUGUGUGCGUAUGCCUUCUCUAAGGUGGAAGCAUUUUAAGUGCUCUCUUUUCUAAAAAACACAUACACACACUGCGUAGGAUAAAUUUAAGAAUGAAUAAGUAUGUGCUGAAAACAAGGAAUUGCUAUAGGAGAACUGCUAUCUCUGUGACCUUUUCCUGAUAUGAAAAAGGAAGUUGGGAUUGAGAGAGAUGUGUGCACCAGAUAGUCUUAUAUUGCCUGUGCUGAGAAAAACCCAAAGUUGUGUUCCGUAAAUAGCAGAAGUCGUUGGUAUCAGUGAAAAUGGAUUGUAUCCUUAGUCCAGGAUCAGGAAGGUUAUCAACACUCGGGCCCAGCCCUGUGGAUUGAAGUAAUUCUGAAGAAACUCCUGCUUGAUUUUAAAAGUAUGGACACCCAUAGGUCGAUUCAUCCUCCUCUGUUAAUCCCGGACCUUAGGACAGGAUUCUAAUACUGAUCUGAUAUUUUGUAGAAGAGGAGAAGAAAAUGUUUGCAUUCAAUGUGCAUGAGCAAAUUUUAUAUUAUCACCUUUCUCUUUUCCCCUCAUUCACCCCCCUCCUUUUUUUUUUUUUUUGGUUUUGCCUUGUAGAGAAGACUUACUAUUCACAGACUUUUGGUGGACCCAGGCGAGAAAUGUACAUUCCAGUUUUUCCGUGGCAAGGUUCACCCAUUGUUUUUCCGUUUCUUUCCAUCACUGAAGUCCUCCUUUUCUCUUUUUAAAAAUGUCGGUCUUCUGCUUUUCUGUGCAAAAUUAAAAAUAAAUGUGUAUAGUUUCUUCGGACCUUUAUCCCUAUUGUUCUAUUUUUUUUUAAUUACCUAAGUGGGUUGUCCUUUCAAUUCUUUUUCUCUUUCUUUUAAUUGGAAAAUCACUGGUCCUUACCUACUGCUCAGAAUAGAAAACAUCAAGGUGUGGUAAAAAAAUAAUGAUGUCAGUCAGUUCAUUUGAAAGUUUUAUUAAUGUACUUCAAGUGCUGGAUUCAGGCAGAUGUCCCCAGGAGUUUAACCACCCUUUUGUGUGUGUGUGUGGGGGGGUAUUUGUUUAAGCCAGGCACUGUACUGAGCGCUGGGGUAGAU